UGUGAAAGUUGUUCACUAUGUAAUUCAGUUGGCCCUGAGAAGCUGUUGUUCAAGGUCGAUGGACACUCUGGCAAGAACACUGUUACAGUGAACGAGAACGUUACUCAGACAUUCAGUUGUUCAUUGGAGAGUAACCCAGGUUCGACGAUCAUAAUUAAAAAAGACGACUUAACUGUGAUAAGUGAUGUAAAUAGGCUUAAUAUUUCAACAACUGUUCAAAGUAGGUGUGACGAUGCUGGAUUAUAUACAUGCACUGGUUAUAAUGAGCAUGGGAUGGCAACUUCAGACAGUGUCCGGUACUUCGUCAACUGUGCUGCAAGACCUUCACCGCUUGAAGAAAUACGCAACAUUAUUGGCAGUGCCCGGAAUGCGAAUGCUUCAAUGUCAUUCUACACACAGGCUUAUCCUGCACCACUAUAUGUAUGGCAAACAUGUAAGGGUACAUGUACCAACAUCACCAAUGGAUUCAAAUACAACACAUCAUCUAACGGACUGUUAUCCAAUUUGACAAUACUUAAUGUAACGAAUGAGGAUUAUGGAGAGUACAGAGUAAUUGUUAGUAACGGAAUUGGACAAGCGUGGACGGAAUCGUUCCAGCUUAUUCCAUAUGAUAGACCGACAGCACCAAUUAACUUCCAUGUCAUUGAGAAUACACAAAAAGAGGCUACUGUAGCUUGGACACCAAGCUUUAAUGGAGGUGUUCAACAAACGUUUCUUAUUCUAUACAGAAUAAAUCAAGAAGGACCUUGGAUCAACAUCUCAGUAAAAGAUACUGGGGACAUUAUGAUUAAUUUAACAAUACGGGGACUGGUGCCGAAUACUAAAUAUCAGACUUAUAUGUAUGCUCAGAACAUUAUUGGAUCUUCGAUGAAAACUUACGAAAUUUCGUUUGUAACAUUAAAAGGCGUCGAUGGAUCAUCCUCUGCAAGUCCAAACACUGGAGCCAUCGUUGGAGGAACAGUUGGAGGGCUUCUUAUUAUACUAACAGUUGUACUGGUUAUUCUUGGACUACGGAGAUACCAUAUACAAUUCGUGCGAAAACAAGAUUCUUCCAACAAUGCUGAAUAUGAAACAACACGCACAAACACGGUAAAUACCGGGGAAUAUGACGAGCUUUCACAAUCGCAUGCGAUUCGACAUAGUCUGGCUGUUGCAAAUACCAGUGGAUAUGAUCCAAGUGAGGCCGCGAAGACCUAUGAACUUCUAGAUGCCGUUCAGAGCAAUAAGAAUCAGUAUUCACCAUUAUCCGAACAUCAGAUAUCAGGGGCUGCAAGUAUGUAUGAGGAUACUCGUGAAGCUUCAGGUAAUGAAGCGUAUGAGAAUACAAGGAAAUCAUAAAUCAAGACCCUCCAGUAUGGGAAACGGACUGGACUUGAUGAGCAUAGUAUAUAACUUAAUCAAAGUACUGACAGUACUGGUGUGACGAUGCUGUUGAAGAGGAUGGAUAUACAUGUAUCAAUUUAAGUUUAUCUACAUCACCACAAUUGUGUUUGUGGGAACGAAAAUUUUGGGUACGAAAAAAAUUGGGUUGGACAAAAAAAUGGGUUCAAAAAAAAAUUUGGGUAUGAAAACAAAAUUGGGUACGAAAAAAUAGGGUACGAUCAAUUUUGGGUACGAUAUUUUUUAUGGGUACGCGAGUAGCACCCGUGGGAAACUUGACCCAUUCAGCGAAACUGGGAGGCGGAUUACUUUCUCGAUCAAAUCUAAAAAUAAAUACAUUUGGGGUUUUCCCAGCGUCACAGCGUUUGAAGUGCCACCUGGCAGUUUCGUGUCUGGUUUCUGUCCCGAACCUCUCGAUAACCUUGAAAGCGGACGGGAACCAAGCUGCCUUUACCUUUAUCAAUGAUAAUCAGCGAGGUAUGCCGAUUGAGAAAAUUAAGCUAACUCAAUCGGAAUGGCUCGGUCUUGUACAUAUGUCGCCAUUGUGAUGAAUUGUUUCAUGGUAUCAUAACUUAGACGAGCUGCUUCGCUGAAGCAGCAUCGUCAAAAAAGGUCUAGGGACUUAACCCCUCACUUAACAAUCACCUGCAUAUCACCACAAUUUAAAAAAUGAUUAUGACAGGCAAAGGUUUUCAUAAUUUCUGUCACGUUGAUAACCCAAUUCUGUCAAUGGGAUUUUAAUUGAACAGUUCUCGUGACGGGAAAGUCUUUACUACUUGAUCUAAAAAUAUAACAGUGUUUAGCUCACCUGAGCACGAAGUGACCUUUUGUUAUUAGUCCGCAUUCCACACUCAAUAUCGAUAAAACUUGGUCAGAUUGAUUAUCAUGACAAUUUGUCAUUCAAGUUUAAAUCAUAUGGGGUUAAAGAUAAGGUCAUCUGGUCAAUAUCCUGACAGCUUUGAAAAAGCCACAUGUAUGACUUGAUCAAACAAACUAAGAAUGUUUAUCCUGACAAAAUCAAGUGACUGUUUGAAUCUGUGUCAAGCGGAGCCUUCAGGUCAUUCUGCGCCAUUACUUGCGCCUUUAUAUUAGGUGAGUUAUGUACGGCAACUAUGAUCCUCUUGUUAGCACCAUAUGCAUUAUACAUUUUUUACACUGUAAAGUGAGUCCGGUUUCUUUUUUAGUAAUAUAACGUGUUUUCGCUUCAUAAGACCAAUGUAAAUGUGUACAGCGUAAACAAAAAUCUGCGUUAAUUUGCAUUCAAUCAUGGUUUUUUACAAAUGGAUAAGUAUUUUUAUUAGAGUUGCGUUGUUUCAAAACUUACUAAGCAUAAUAUGUAAACAAAAUUGCAUUAUGCUUUUCAGCUCGACUUUUCGAAGAAAAAUGAGAGCUAUACUAUUCGCCCCGGCGUCGGCGUCGCCGUUGGUGAAAGUUUUUUAUAAAGUCAAAUAACUUUAACACUAUAAAAGAUAAUUAAAUCAAACUUGGAAUACUUCUUUAUGGCAACAAGACAAUUGUGAAUAUUAAGUUGCAUAACUCUGUCAGCAUUAUUUUUAGAGUUAUGUCCCUUUUUAUACUUAGAAAAUUGAAAAUUUCGUAAAGUUGUGUGUUUAGGUCCACUUUAUUCCUAAAGUAUCAAAGCUAUUGCUUUCAUUCUUGCAACACUUACUAACUAUCAUGAGAGGACUGUGCAGGCAAACUUAUGUAACUCUGACUGGCAUUUUGACAGAAUUAUGGCCCCUUUUAUACUUAGAAAAUUUGAAAUUUGGUUAAGUUUUGUGUUUUGGUCCAUUUUUCUCCUUAAGUAUCAUAGCUAUUGCUUCCAGACUUUGAACAGUCGCUAACUAUCAUAAGGGAACUGUACAGAGCAAGUUGCAUAACUCUGGUUGGCAUUUUGACGGAAUUAUGGCCCUUUUAGUACUUAGUAACUUUGAAUAUGUUGUUAAAUUUUGUGUUUAGAUGCACUAAACUUCUAAAGUAUCAAGGCUAUUGCUUUCAAACUUCAAAUACUUUCUUACUAUCAUGAGGGUACUGUACCUGGCAAGUUGAAUUUGACCUUGACCUUUGAAUGACCUUGAAUCUCAAGGUCAAAUAAAUAAAUUUUGCUUAAAUUGCCAUAACUUCUAUUUAGGAUCGGAUAUGAUUCAUACUUUGACAAAACAACGCUUACCUGACAUACCACAAUGGACUCCAUCCAAACCAUCCCCCAGACCCCACCCCAGAAUCCCCCCCCCCAAGUUUUGGUUUUCAUUUUUUAUGCUCCAUGUUGCAGUUGAACUGCACGUCAGUCCGUUCGUCCGAAAUCUUUAACAUUGGCCAUAACUUUUGCAAUACUGAAGAUAGCAACUUGAUAUUUGGCAUGGAUGUGUAUUUCAUGGAGCUGCACAUUUUGAGUGGUGGGAGGUCAAGCUCAAGGUCGCCCUUCAAGGUCAAGGGACAAAUAUAUGGCGUCUGUCCGUCCGUCCGAAAACUUUAACAUUGGUCAUAACUUUUGCAAUAUUGAAAAUAUCAACUUGAUAUUUGGCAUGCAUGUGUAUCUCAUGGAGCUUCACAUUUUGAGUGGUGAGAGGUCAAGGUCAUCCUUUAAGGUCAAAGGUCAAGGUCAAAGAUAGAAUUUUGCAAUAUUGAAGAUAGCAACUCGAUAUUUGGCAUGAUUAUGUUUCUCAUGGAGCUGCACAUUUUGAUUGGUGAAAGGUCAAGGUCCUUCAAGGUCAAAGGUCAAGGUCAAAGGUCAAAUUUUGCAAUAUUGAAGAUAGCAACUAUAUAUUUGGCAUGCAUGCGUAUCUCAUGGAGCUGCACAUUUUGAGUGGUGAAAGGUCAAGGUCAAAGGUCAAGGUCAAAGGUCAAGGUCAAAGGUAAAAUUGUGCAAUAUUGAAAUAGCAACACGAUAUUUGGCAUGCAUGCGUAUCUAAUGGAGCUGCACAUUUUGAGUGGUGCAAGGUGAAGGUGAAGGUCAUUCCUUUAAGGUCAAAGGUCAAAUAUAUGGCUUCGAAGCGGAGCAGGAGGGGGCAUUGUGUUUCACGAACACAGCUCUUACAACACUUACAAUACUUACCUGACAUACCACAAUGGACUCCACCCAAACCAUCUCCCAGCCCCCGCCCCCCCCCCCAGAAU